AUGGAAAAGGAAGUUGAUCAGUACAGAGAUUGGUUAGCAAAAACUUUUGUAGAAAGUACACGGCACACAAUUGAGGUAGACUGUGUGCCUUAUAUGGACUCGAUAGCUGAAAUUCUAGACUGCAAGCCCCAACCAAUGGAUUAUAUUUUAUCAGAUCCGCGUUUAGCAUAUGCCCUCAUUUUUGGGCCAAAUGUUUCCUAUGUCUACAGACUUCGAGGAACUAAAGCUUGGAAUGGGGCACGUGAUGCAAUUCUUGGGGUUAAGAAAAGAACAGAGAUUUGCUUGACUGAAAGGAAAAUUGAUGAGGAUAGCAAAGUUUUGGAGGAUAAUUUUGUCUGGUUUAUAUUAAUGUCCGGAUCGAUUGGGAUACUAAUUUUAUUAUUAGUUAUAAAACUAAUUUUUCUGUAG